GAAACAGACACACUGAAAAAACACCCACCAGUCCACCAAACCUCUGGCGGAGCGCUCUCAUCGCAGGCGGCACCUUUUUCUUUUUUUCCUCUGAUUGUCUCAUCUUUGAAUGGUGUUUGGUCUUUUUUCAAUCUACCUGUAGUUUGGUUGAAACAUUGAAAACAGGACGAGUUGUGCCUUUCGGUCUUUUGUUGUCAAUCAGCGACUUUGUAGUUGCUGAGCACUAAAACAGAAACACGGAUUCAGCACUGAGGUAGCACAGGAGGAGGAAAACCCCCAAAAAACUCGCAGGAUAUGGAGUCCACAAAGGCUGGAGGCGUAAUAGCCUACAUCAGCUCGUCCAGCUCGGGCUCUAGCCCGGAGUCGUGUCACAGCGACUCCUCCAAUGGCAGCUACCAGUCAUCCUCGCCGUCUCACAGCUCCUCGCCCGGCCGCCACCAGCAGGGACAGCUGGCUGACCCUGCACUCCCAACUGGCGGCCCCAAUCUUCCAGGGACUCAAAAAAGUGGACGCUCCACCGGCACAAAAUGUGGCAUCACAAAAAUCAAUGGCCUGGUGCUGCUGUGUAAAGUUUGUGGUGAUGUGGCGUCUGGUUUCCACUACGGCGUCCAUGCCUGCGAGGGAUGCAAGGGCUUCUUUAGGAGGAGCAUCCAGCAAAACAUCCAGUAUAAGAAGUGCCUUAAGAAUGAGAGCUGCCCUAUCAUGAGGAUCAACAGGAACCGCUGCCAGCAGUGUCGCUUCAAGAAAUGCCUGAUGGUCGGGAUGUCCAGAGACUCUGUGCGCUUUGGCCGGAUCCCUAAACGCGAGAAACAGCGCAUGCUGCUGGAGAUGCAGAGCGCCAUGAACAACAUGAUGAACAACAACCAGCUCAACAGCAGUCAGACCCUCUCUAUUAGCAAAGCACUGACGGCCAACAGCGCUGAACCUACCUCAGGGGACACAGGCACCGGCCACUCCUGUUCUCCAUCCAGCCAACCAGACUCCAGCUCUGACCCUGAGCCUACCGUCGCCAUGGACACCAGCCCCAGCUCUGCAUCCACCAGCUCGUCGGACAGCGGGGAGGAGGAGGUGAUCGGCUCAGUGACCAGGGCCCAUCAGGAGACCUUUAUGUACAACCAGGAGCAGAGUGGCCUGACAGCUGAGGCCGCGACCCCCUCUGGCCCUCUGAACAAUGGCACCGCCCAAAACACCGCCAACAGCCAGACAGUGGAGCUGCGGGACUCCUGGAAGAACCACCAAAACAACAUGGUCACCGUUUCAGCACCGGAAUCCUCAGCUAGCCAGGGCCUCCAGCGCCAGGAGGACAACACCAACCACUGCCCCUUCAGGCUGUCCAGAGCCGCUGCCUCCAGCCACUGCCCAGCCUACACCCACGGCGCCUUCAGAGCUCCACCCGCAGACGGCCCUGCCAACGGAGCCUUCAGUGGGCCUCAGUGGAGAGGAGGCAACAGGAUGUACCUGCUUUGUCCAAUGAACACAUCUGCUCAAGUGAACCCUCACAAGUCCGGCCACGAGGUGUGGGAGGAGUUCUCCCACAGCUUCACCCCUGCUGUCAGGGAGGUGGUGGAGUUUGCCAAGAAGAUCCCCGGCUUCAGAGACCUGUCCCAGCCGGACCAGGUCAGCCUGCUGAAGGCUGGCACCUUUGAGGUGUUGGUGGUUCGCUUUGCUUCUCUCUUUGAUUUGAAGGACCGCACUGUCACCUUUCUGGGUGGAAAGAAAUACAGUGUGGAUACUCUGAAGGCCAUGGGGGCCGGAGACCUCCUUAACUCCAUGUUGGACUUCAGUGAGAAGCUCCUCAACCUGGGCCUCAGCGAGGAGGAGAUGAGCCUCUUCACAGCUGUGGUUCUGGUCUCUGCAGAUCGUUCUGGCAUCGAGAACGUGAACUCUGUGGAGGCCCUGCAGGAGACGCUGAUCCGCGCCCUGCGCAGCCUCAUCACCAAGAACCACCCCAACGAGUCGGCCAUCUUCACCAAGCUGCUGCUAAAGCUGCCUGACCUGCGCUCGCUCAACAACAUGCACUCGGAGCAGCUGCUCGCCUUCAAGGUCCAUUCCUGAAGUCUCCUGUACUACUUGACCUGACACAAACUGUAACGGCCCUGGAGGGCCACACCCUCCCAUCCCAACCAAACCUGCACCUCUCCACUUCUCCCAUGAUGCUUUGAAAGCUGGAAACCUGACAUUAAAAGUGGGAGGAAGACCAUAAAAUGUUCUUGUACUGUACUGUAGGGCGUAACAGCCUGUGUGAUGGUAAUGCGUACAUACAGACACACUGAUUGAUGUAUAUGUUUCUUGUGUUUGUGUGUAGCAUACUGUUUGUUUGCAAGUAUACAAAUGUUAGAAGCACUUUUCUGUAUAGUGUAGGCUGGUAUUUUUGCAUUCAUAGUGCAAUAUGUGACUGCUUCUAUGAUUUGAACUGUUUAGCUUAGAGGUGAGUGUGCUUUUCUGGCACACAUUAAUAUGAAUAGGUGCUGAUGUCAUAAGGCGGCAGGAGAAGUUGAAAUCUUAAAAAGACCCCUGGACUCGAAAUGACUGAUUAUGUAGAAUUGUCUAUAGAAUAAAAAAUAUUAAAAUUGAAAGCAGACGACAAUGAGUGUGGAAGUAAAGCUGCUGAGCUUGCCAGUUAAGCCAUCAGACUCUUUAAUUUGAACAACUUAGGGACGCAAAAUAAUUAUGGACGUCAUAAAGUUACACUUCCCUGAUGUUUCUUGUAGAAAAAAAAAAAAAAA